UACUACACCAGCCCAGCUUGGAUUGAGCUAUACCCACUCUCUCUCUCUCUCUCUCUCUCUCUCUCUCUCUCUAACUUUCAAUUUCCAUCUUCUCAUCCCUCUUUUUAGUCUCAAGCAGAACCAUGGCAGAUGCAUUGAAUGAAGAACAGAUUGUUGAGUUCCAAGAAGCUUUCAGUCUGUUUGACAAGGAUGGAGAUGGCUGCAUAACAGUGGAGGAACUGGCGACGGUGAUCCGGUCGUUGGACCAGAAUCCAACGGAAGAGGAGCUUGAAGACAUGAUAACAGAAGUUGAUGCCGAUGGCAAUGGCACCAUAGAGUUCAAAGAGUUUUUGAACCUCAUGGCCAAUAAAAUAAAGGAGACUGAUGCAGAAGAGGAGCUUAAAGAAGCGUUCAAAGUGUUUGACAAGGAUCAAAAUGGCUACAUAUCAGCCAAUGAGCUGAGGCACGUAAUGAUCAACCUUGGGGAGAAACUAAGCGAUGAAGAGGUGGAGCAGAUGAUCAAAGAGGCUGAUCUGGAUGGUGAUGGUCAAGUUAAUUUUGAAGAAUUUGCGAAGAUGAUGAUGAAAGUCUGAUCUAAAACUACAUAGGAAAUUUGUUUACUCUGUUCUUAAUUCCUAAUUUGUUUGAUUUAUUCUUGUUGUAACGCAAAAAAUGUGGCCAUUUGAUUUUUGGUAACCAUAUUUUCGUUUAAAGGAACCUUAGAUUUGGGAAGAAACAAUAUUUUCAUAUCGAUCAA